AUGCUAAUGGUGCGCGCUUUGGUAGAGCGACGAUGCGUGGAUUCGGUGACGAUUAACGACGGUGAUGAUCAUGAUGGCGAUUUUUAUGAGUCUGAUGAUGAUUAUGAUUAUGAAGGUAGUGUUGGACGGAAGCUAACGUAUAUUAGGCUUCCUCAGACUCAGCUCAGUCUCUCUGUUUUGAAGCUCGACGGUUCUUUCUUCGAUGUGCAUGUUGCGAGGAAUGUUACAGUGGCAGAGCUUAAAGAAGCCGUAGAGGAAGUUUUUGCUUUGUCCCCAAGGGACAGUCAAGGAAAAAUUUCAUGGAUGCAUGUUUGGGGACACUUUUGCUUAUCCUAUGAAGGUCAAAAGUUGGUUAAUGACAAAGCUCGAAUUCAGGAUUUUCGGAUCAAGGAUGGCGAUCAGCUUCAAUUUGUUAGGCAUAUGUCUAUCAACUACUUACAUUCAAAAAGACUGUCUAGAACCCAGAGUGUUGUUUCCACCCAGCAUUCAAUGUCAUCGUCAGGAUCAGUUGCUCUUGAAGAGAUGAGACAUACUUAUCUUGCUGGUGAAGAAAAUUAUUUAGAAAAUCAAGAAGUAAGCUCAUCAUCAGGAUCAAAUGGUUGUGGAGAGAAGAGACAUCCUGGUCUCGCUUAUGAAGAUAGUUUACGAAAUCAAGAGGACAGCUACAACUACUAUAAUUAUGAACAUGUGGAGGAAAUGCCUGCACCAGAGUUCAAGUUGGUUCACUUCCUAAGAGGGUGGUUGUCAUACACCAGAUUGUGGGGUGUUUCAAGAAGGACAUCAGAAGGCAAGAGCCGUCCUUCCAGAUUCGCUCGACAUCGCUUAGCAGGUGCACACAGCAAUAUGGUACAGCUUUGACUCUAAUUAGGCAUGGUUGUAGAACUUAGUAGGCCAGAGUCGGAUGAUACAUCUAAUACAUGUCGAGCUUUCCAAUGUAAGGUGUGCCCUUGGGCCACAUUUUGUUUUAAAACAUAUUAUACAUCAAGUUCUCUCAAGUAGGCUAUUCGAGUUUAUCCAAUGCAAAAAGUUUGUUCACUUGGCGCAGGAGUUGGGAAA